UAAAAACUAUAAUGUGGACCACAAACCGAUACUGACAUUUCGUGUAAUACAUGCGAAUGUUUCGAGACAGGAAUAAAGUCGUCGUCCACAAAUCGGUCAGACUCUCACUGAUUUUAGAUUUGUUCGGACGUGCCAAUUUUACCUGAAAGUUAGGAACUAUCGUGGUAAUGAAUAGCAAGAAAAAGAAUAAAAACCGCCAAAAUAAACCACCCAAUCCAAUUCCUCCUCAGAAACAAGAGGUUAGUGAACCCUCGAGUCCAUCUGAUGUGACAAAUACUGAAAUUGAGAGUGUUGUGGAAGAACGUGUGCCUAUUAUUGAAACUGCAUCUGCGGAAGUGAAAGAAACCGAGGAAACUCCUAAGAAACCGAAGAGAAAUAGAGGUAAAAAGAAAACAGAUGAUGACAAGAGUGUUAAAGAAGAUGUCAUUAAGAGUGAAGAGCUUGUUGUAGAAACCGAGGUGAAAGAUUCAUUAGAUGAAUCCAAUAUAGCCCCCACCGCUCGUAAAAAGAAAAAUAAAAACAAAAAGGGCCCGGGAUCUACCCAAGGUGAAAAAGAAGAUGAGUUGAAAGUUGAAAAAGAUGCUCAAAUAGAUGAAAGUACUGGCCAGACCCAGAGUCUAGAUGAACUGUUAAUUAUAAAGGAAGAACCGGAGCCUGAAAUAAAAUCAGCGAAGAAAAAGAAUAAAAAGAAGAAAAAUCGCAAUGAUUCUGAAAGAUCUGAUAAAGCAGAAGAAGUAUCUUGUACGUCUGCAUUCCAAAAGCUAUUGUCUGAAAGUGUACAUAUUGAAGCUAACCCACUACCUUCUACAGACGACAACAGUGUUUCAGAAGUUACGGACAAGAACGUGGAAAAAACACCAUUAGCUUCUAUACAUCCUGAUAAUAUUUUAAAAGAAAUACCUCAAAAAGAUGAAGGUGCCAAAAAUAAGAAAAAGAAUAAAAAAGAUAAAAAGCCACAGGUUGAUCUUGAUGUAGCAAAAACUCAAGAAGAAAUAAAGCCUCAUGAAAUAGUGGCAGCUGAUAAUCUUAACAUCUCAAGUCAAGUUUCGGAAAUCAGCAGUGAAAAAAUUGUACAAGACACCCCUGAAAAACAAAAAAUUGAUGAAUCAUUGCCCUCUUGUUCUACAGCAGGUGAAAUCAGUUCAAGAAAUAAAGCAAAAAUUGCAAAACCGGUAGAAAAAAAGAAGCAAGAAAAAUGUAAAGAGAUUGUUGAAAAAGUCGCAGUUGAGGAUGCGAAAGUUACCCCAAUGGAACCUAGAGAAGAAAGAACUGACAUUUUACAAACAGAAGAUUUAGAUGAUGUAAUAUUAGUGCCACUAACGGAUAUUGCCCCAGACUGGCAAGAAGAAGAGAAAAUAGAAGAAGGCAACGGACCAGUCAUAGGUUGUGAAGAUAAACAAGACACAAUAGAACUUGAACAACCAUGCCUUAACCUCGAUAAUACUAAAAAUAAGAAAAGUUCCCCAAAACCAACGAGGAGAACUGAAACAAUGGUAUCUUCUGCUGUGAAAUCUGAAUCUGAAAUAAGUAGUACCUCAAAAGACUUGGCAGACCAAAAGCCUGUGUUGAAUCCGGACUUAAAAGUGGAUAUAAGUCCAGAAGGAAAAAAUGAUCACAAAUCGACACACACUGAAAUCAAGGGUCAAAAUAAGAAAAAGGAUAAAAGAAAGAAAUCGCCUAAACCUACAACGCAUAUUGAGACAGCACCAGAAAUCGACAUUCCAAUUGCAUCCUUGUGUGCAAUGCCAAAAUCUGAUCAAAAAGAAAUCUUUACAACAUCGCUAGAGCAUGCAGAGGUUUUACUUGAAGAGAAACAGCAUGACAGUCAUUCUGAAUCCAAACCGCCACUAUUAGAAAAAGCCAACGUUUCUGGUAAUGAUGAAAAUAAAUCUAUAAAAAUAUCAAGUGAAGAUGACCCGAUGAGUUCUGAAAUAAAGGCAGAUGUUGUGGAAGCAGAACUAACUCCUGCGAUGUUACCAGCAACCAGCUCGGACACAGGUAGAAUACAAACUGAAGAUAUGCCUGUAGCGCAUCCAGACGUUCAAGAUGCGAAAACGGCGGCCGAGAAAGAUCAAAUGGACCGCGUUCAGACUCCUGACAACUUGAAGCGUCCAAAAAGAAAGAAGUCGCCAAAACCUAUGAUUGAUCUUAGCGUAGCGUCAGGCUCUAAAAGCGCUCAAAAAUCAAAUCAAACUUUGAACAUCGACGACAUCAUUAUUAUUCAAGCUGAGGUUGUAAGUGAAGAAAAGGCUCAAAAAGCUGACUCAUUUAUUGUAAGUGAAGAAAGUACUGAUAAAAAAGACACAAUUCGUGCAGAUACUAAACAUGGAUGUGAAAAGUCUAAAAAAAGAAAAAAAUCUCCUAAACCUCCUCAGCAGGGGUGUUCACAAGAAUUGAAAGGUACCACUGAAAGACAAUGCAGUUUAGAAACUCAGGGAGAAGUACAAAUGCCUAUAACUCCCAAGCCACAAGAUACGAAGCUAUCACAAGCAAUUCUUGCCGUAGAACUCGAGACACCAAAGAGUGAUUUUCCUUCACCUAACGAAGUAACACCUGAUUUUAUAGAACAUCCAAGAUGUCCAAGUGAGCAACUUGACGGUAAUAACAAUAUGGUCAUUCAAGAAAUUCAAAAUAUAGAUGGGAAUUUGAAUGUACCUGUAAUAAUACCCGAUACGCCGUUUGUACAAAGUUCUAAUAUCAGCAGUCCGGAAUUGAUACCAAGCGGGAUAAGGGUUAUAAAUAUGGAAUCUGAUAAAAAACCCCUCGAAGAAAAAACUGAUCUUAAAUCAAAAGUCUUGGAAGUAAAUCAAGAUAUGGAAGAAUUAAGAAUGUCAAUUGAAAAGUCGUUAGCGGAAUUGACAUCAUUAGAAAAAAGUGAUGAAACUGAAAAAAAUAUAGAAAAACAAAAUAAAGAAAAUGAUGGAAAAACUAAAAGUUUUGAUAUCAAACAAGAAACACUUGUAGUUGAAAAUCGGCCUGCUUCUGACGCAAUUGUAGAUAUGUUGGCGAAAGAUGAUUUUAAACAUGCAGAAGAAGAAUCAACUUGUAAAGAACCUGUUUGUCCUGCAAGAAAAGACCACAAAGGAAAAGGAAAAUCUAAAAAGAAAUGUAAACAAGAAUCAACAAUACAAACUACUUCAUCACAGUCAUCCAUGAAUACGACUGGCACUGAAAAGUCAUCAAAGCCUGAAAAUAAAAACGAAGAAGCUAAUAAGUCAGAUCAAGCAUCUAGUAAUACACAAGGAAAAGAAAAACAACAGGCCAGUGAAACCAAAGGUAAUAAAGAUGAUGACUUAAUGGGAAGUGAAAAUGUUGGGAAAAAUAAUCAAACCGAAUUCAAACCUAUUGAAAAUUUUGAAGAUGCCAUGACUUCCAGUGUUGACGAUGUAAAUAAAACGUUUGAAAUUAUUGCCAACGAAGCAAAUUCCAGAUUGUCUAAAACACAAAAUAAUCCAGAGAUUAACGUCACAGCACCACAAGAAGAUGAUAAAAAAAGUAGUCAAGAAAAACAAAAUCCCGUUUCGCCGCCAAAAAACUUGUUAGGCCACCCCGACAUUCCUGUGCCAUCGAGUAGAAUCGACUAUAAAAAAGAAAAAAAUAAAACGCCAAAUUGCAGACAAGCGAAAGUUAAAAUAAAAGAUGCGAAUCAAGUAGAAAUAGAAAUUCCGGAUAAAUCUAAAGAGUCUCAGACAGAGUCUAAAAGUAAACUCUUGAAUUUUAAGAAACCUGACGAGUCAACAUGUGUCACCAAUCAAAAUGAAGAUUACAUUUAUAAGUACAGUUUUCGCAAAGUGUUUCUGCAAUGUGCGUGCCAUGUCUGCAAAAAGGAUUUAAAACCUACUAGAGUCCCAUGUAGCUACUGCAAUUUAAUAUUCUAUUGCAACCAGAAACAUAAGGACGAAGAUUACUCCCAACACCAAGCUUUGUGCUUUGCCGUUUCGACCAUAGUUCAUUUGAAAGAUCACAAGUUUAUCUACGCCGACUCGCGCAACGUGACUGGUCACAACUACCGCCUCUUGCGCAUGCAGAUGAUCGUGUCCUGUGAGAAGGUGCUUAAGCGCAGGCUGGCACCGUGGGAGCAGGAAGCCCUGCUGUACCCCAGGAUGUGUGCUCUUCCUAGCUGUCGGGAGUGGAGACAAGCCAAACUUGUAGAUUGUGAGGGAUGUGGACAGAUAUCGUAUUGCUCGGAACAUCCAGACCACCUCCCAAAGAGCCACUCGCGUUGGUGCAAGUCCUAUAACCUGUAUCGUGGGCUGGUAAAGCACCAGCAAACGAAAGGCCGUCUGGAACCGAAACUGCCUACACGAGUGCUGGAACUGACUCCUUUGCCGGAGAACAUCAAUGAAGUUUUGGCAGCGAUGUAUGAACAGAAAAUUGACAUGAGCGAUAUUGAGUAUGCAGCGCUUACGCAGCUUGCGACCGCGCCUCUUACAGCACUCUUCUGUUUGCAGUACAGACCAAACACCGCUACUGGAAACACUAAGAAAACUUUAACGCUCCACAUUGUGGGUGCUGAGCUUCAAUUUGAAGCCGACGUGCUUAACAAGUGGGAGGUGUUUCUGCUACACCUGCUGCCUAAUGUCGAGGAAAUGAAAGUUGUGCUGGUUGGCCCGGACCUAAACCCAUCCAAUUUGCCGCUGGACCUGCUUGGGAAGAUCAGAUAUUGCGAAAACUGCCUAAGGAAGAAACGCCGAGUAGUAUUCGGCUUUCAGGACAAACGAACCUAUCACGAGUUCUGGGCGAGCGAGGACUUCACAGAGCCUGACUUGGUUUGCGCCUUCAACCCAAGCAUACAGCGUUCUUCCGCCUACAACGGGAAGGACACCUGGCCUGCCACAAUCAAUUGCAUCCUUAAGCUCAAAUCUCCUUUAGCUAUCACUUCCUACACCCUCUCAGAGCUGACCAGCGACCUCCUCAGAGUUCAGGAGUGCGCUACAGUGCGCUAUAAUGUUCUGUGCGCACCAAGAAAUAAUUGUUUUGCAAGCGUACGCCCGGAUAGGAAUUUCAUCUCAGAUGAUGAAGCCCCUCUUUUGUUUAAGAAUCAUUGUGUCACCGUUGUAUGUGGUGCUUAGUACGUUUAGGUCAAUAAGAUUGUUUGUUUGUUUAAAUAAAACCCUCGGCCUUGGCUAAUGUAUAAAAAUUAUUGAAUUUUGUCUCCAUUAGCAAAUGACAACAACCUAAGUUAUGACGCCAUGGACCAAAAUGUUUGUAGAUAGGCUGUUAGUACUUACCAAGAGUUUUUUGGGUCCAGAAGUGUCGUCUGAUAAUUUUGUGCGCGUCCUGAAAGACACGUCAUAAGCGUCCGCCCCUUGUCCGCCCCAACUACUUCCGUUGAUGAAGCUCGUUUGUUGUUUACGAAUCAUUGUAGGUAUUCACUUUGUAUGUUGUGUUUACAUUGUUUCAAUAAAUUUGUUUCUGAGUU